GGAAGAACCAUUAAAAAAGGGAAAGUUUUUUAUUUUUUAUUUUAAGUUUUAGGUUUUAGAUCGAGCUCAGUUUUCUUUAUAAACUCCCCCUCUCUCGAUACACUCUCCUCUCUCACUAGUGGGUUAGGAGAGCAAACCCUUAUCGUCUCUGGAUCUAAUCUCGUUUUCAGCUCAAAUAAGGUACUAGUGGAGUUUUUUUGUGUACAUGAGAGAUGCCAUUUAGCAAAGGCCCGAGGAUGGACAAGAAGUCGUCAUCCUACUGCUCGACGACGACCAUUGUCGUACUUGUCGCUCUCUGCUUAGUGGGAGUAUGGAUGAUGACGUCAUCUACCGUAGCUCCUGUAGAUAUAACUCCGUCAGAAGAUAAUAAGUCGGAAACAACCGAACAAGUUACUGUUGAUUUUUCUAGGACAUCUGAGGAUUCUGGAGAUACUACUGUUGAUAAUACAUCAGGAGAUAGCAAUAGCAAUUCUGAAGAGACUGAAAAGUCUGAAGAGACGACCCAAGAGGAGAGUCCUGCUACAGACUCUAACGAUAACAAAAAUGAUUCAGAUGAAUCGCAGACGAGUAAUAAUGAAGGUGGAGACACAAACACAGAGAGCGGUGAGACGAAUGGACCAGACAAUAAUUCAGAACAGAAUUCUGAAGGAAAUGUGAAUGGUGAAGAAUCAGUGAAGACAGAUGAGAAUCAAGACAAGGGGGAGGAACAGAAGUCGGAAGAGAACCAAACUGGGAAUCAAGCAAAGGAAGAGGUAUUUCCUGACGGUGCCCAGUCAGAAAUCUUGAAAGAGACCGAUACCUCAAAUGGAGCAUGGAAAACUCAAGCUGCUGAGUCAAAAAACGAGAAUGAAGUUCAGCAGUCUUCAUCAAAAGUUCAAAAUGCUGAAUACAAUUGGAAACUUUGUAACACAGAAGCUGGAGCAGAUUAUAUUCCUUGUCUUGACAAUGUAGAAGCUAUUAAAAAACUUCAUCUUACUGGGCAUUAUGAACACCGAGAAAGACAUUGCCCUGAAGAGGGACCCACAUGCCUUGUACCGCUUCCGGAGGGAUAUAAAAAGCCAAUUCAGUGGCCCAAUAGCAGGGACAAGAUCUGGUACCAUAAUGUGCCGCAUACCAAGCUCGCUGAGGUAAAGGGGCACCAGAAUUGGGUGAAAGUUACUGGAGAGUAUCUAACAUUUCCUGGAGGUGGAACUCAAUUCAUCAAUGGUGCACUCCACUACAUUGAUAAAAUUCAAGAGUCAUUCCCUGAUAUAGCAUGGGGAAAACGAACCCGAGUUGUCUUGGAUGUUGGCUGUGGAGUUGCUAGUUUUGGUGGGUAUCUCUUUGAUAGGGAUGUGUUAACCAUGUCAUUUGCUCCUAAAGAUGAGCAUGAAGCUCAAGUACAGUUUGCUCUUGAAAGAGGAAUUCCAGCUAUAUCAGCAGUCAUGGGAACCAAAAGGCUUCCUUUCCCUGGGAGGGUCUACGAUGUUAUUCAUUGUGCCCGCUGUAGAGUCCCAUGGCACAUAGAAGGUGGUAUGCUUUUGUUGGAGCUUAACCGGUUAUUACGUCCUGGUGGUUAUUUUGUGUGGUCUGCAACACCAGUUUAUAGGAGUGAUCAAGAAAAUGUCGAGAUAUGGAAAGCAAUGACAGCGCUGACAAAACAAAUGUGUUGGGAAAUGGUGAAGAAAACAAAGGAUUCCCUGAACCAAGUGGGUCUAGCAAUCUACAGAAAACCUACAGACAACAAAUGCUAUGAAGCAAGAUCGAAAAACAGUCCUCCACUUUGCCAAGAAUCUGAUGAUCCCAGUGCUGCCUGGAAUGUUUCCCUUCAAGCAUGCAUUCACAAAGUGCCUGAAGAUCCUUCUGUUCGUGGGUCUCAAUGGCCAGAGCAAUGGCCGGAAAGGCUGGGAAAGGCACCUUAUUGGCUAAGCACUUCUCAGACAGGGGUUUAUGGUAAACCUGCCAUUGAAGACUUUGAAGCAGAUUAUGAACACUGGAAACAUGUUGUGAGCAAAUCGUAUCUGAAUGGAAUGGGAAUCGAUUGGUCUACUGUGAGAAAUGUCAUGGACAUGAGAGCCAUUUAUGGAGGUUUUGCUGCAGCUUUGAGGGACAUGCAAGUGUGGGUUAUGAAUGUUGUUUCAAUUGAUGCCCCUGAUACCCUUCCUGUUAUUUUUGAGCGGGGUUUGUUUGGCAUAUAUCAUGAUUGGUGUGAAUCAUUCAGCACAUACCCGAGAACAUAUGACCUUCUCCAUGCUGACCAUUUAUUUUCCAAGCUCAAAACAAGGUGCAAACUACUAUCCGUAAUUGCUGAGGUCGAUAGAGUAUUGAGACCGGAAGGGAAGCUAAUUAUAAGAGAUGACGUAGAAACCAUAAACGAUGUUGAGAACAUGGCAAAAUCUUUGCACUGGGAGAUUCGAAUGACCUAUGCCAAGGAUAACGAGGGGUUGCUUUGCAUUGAGAAGAAAAUGUGGCGGCCUCAAGAAAUCGAAGGAAGCAAGUAAAUCCUUUCAUGAUUGUUUGGUUCAUUCUUUUCGACAAUUUGUUGUAUGAUUAUACCAAUGGGUGUAUGACUUUGAUGCCUUUUUGCUCCAAAUGGGGUAGGAGGAGGCAACCGGUUUUACUACAGACAAGUUCAAUUUGUAGAAUUAUAUAGAUUCUCGAACCAAUGGAAAGUUGUUAUGUUGUUAGAGAUGUAAGGUUAACUAUUUUUUGAACCGAUGGUUAUGAUUUUUGCCA